AUUCACAGAGAGGACGAAAAUCACAAUCAAUGGGACCCGGCCAGUCAAUACGUGCACGUCUGUGGUAAACACUUCAUCACAGGAUACCAUGUGAAUGACGGCGAGCAUCCAGAUUAUGUUCCAUCCAUAUUCCCACAACGACCAUCGUCAGAAGGCUCUAAGAGGCUAAAGCGAUACCAAAGGAGAGAUGCUGUUUCUCAGCAUGAGGUCCUGCCAGCAAAAAGGCAGCGAAUAAAGCCACCUACAGAGGCUUCUCCUACUGAAACCCCUGAAGAUUUUGAUAUAGCUUAUCCUGAAGCCCCUUUCACUGAGGAUUCACUUCCUCAGCCCUCUGAUGAUUAUGAACUGAGUGACACGCCAGCAUUACAUAGGCAGCAGGUUUCCAUUGCCAUAGAGGUUGCCAAUCUCAGGAGAGAAAGAGAUGAGGCAAGAAGAGAAAGAGAUGAGGCAAGAAGAGAACUCCAGAACUGGUCUAAGGAGCGUUUGUCUGUUCAUGCUAUUAAAGGAAACGACAGUGCAUGCAGGGCCAUGGCUGGGCUCAGCUGGUCAGUUUUUGACUGUCUUCACCGAUAUUUAGUUCAGUUCAUCAAAUCAUCACCAAAAGGUUUUAGAUUGUCUACCCAGGACCAGCUCUUCCUUUGCUUGCUCAAGCUACGCCAAAAUCCAUCGAUUGCUUUGCUGAGCCAAAUACUACACAGACCAGAACCCACCGUCCGCCACAUAUUCCAACGUUGGCUGAAUCUUUUGUAUGCGAAAAUCACUUUCCUCAUUCACUGGCCUGACAGGGAGUGCAUCACCCAAACCAUACCACCAGUGAUGAAGGCCAACUUUCCGCGCCUCACAUCAAUUAUAGAUUGCUUCGAGAUCAGAAUUGAACAUCCAAAAGCCCUUAAAGCCAGGGCAAAAUCAUACUCUAAUUAUAAGAAGUGGACUACAGUCAAAUAUUUCAUAGUGUGUAGUCCUGCAGGAAACAUCACCUUCUUGUCCAAAGGUUGGGGAGGAAGAGCAUCAGAUGUCAAGAUAGUUAGGGAAUCUGGCUUUAUUUCACCCCUCUACCACCAUCCUGGGGACCAGAUCUUGGCUGAUCGGGGUUUUACUCGAAAGAUGAGUUUGCCUUACUUGGUGCCAGUCUCGAAACCCCAGCCUUCACUCUAGGCAGGAAACAACUCCCAGGCAAAGACGUUGAAGAGUCAAGAAUGAAAUCAAAAUUUCUGAUUCAUAUUGGUAAGUAUACAUUCAUUAUCCACAGACUGGUAAACUAUUGCACAUAUCAAUAUGAUGGAAAAUAAAUUAACUCUUUUACUAAAUUAAGUUAUAUAAAAAACAGCACUAACGGACUGUAGCAAAUUGAAUAACAGUGCAAACAAAGUACUUAACAAACAAUUACUGAGAACAAUGGUAAAAUGUGAAGUUUUAUACUUGAAAAUAUUUUAAAACAACUGAUGGGUGAACAGAACGGGUGAUCGGUGUGCUGAAGCGAAGAUUCCACAUCCUGGAUGGGCCGCUCCCUGUUUGCUUCGUAAAGACCCUGCGGGACGAGAUGGAGAACAGGGAUGUAGCCACCAUUGACAAGAUAGUACAUACCUGUGCCGCCUUGGUCAACAUGUCAGGUAGCAUUGUGUUCAAUAAAAACAGACAGGGGGAUGUAUAGGUCAAAUCAGUCCUGCUGUCUUUUCUCUUUGAGUC